AUGGACCAGCUGGAACGCGAUAUCCAGAAUGCAAUGGCCUGCGUGGAAGGCUUGACGGCCAAAGUAGACGCCACCCCGCGGCCUGCAGACACAACAUCUCCACGAGGGACUGCCUCCCCCAGAGGGAGCUCCCCGAGAGGCAGCUCUCCGCCACCGGAGAAGGGAGCUUUCGCUGCGGUAGAGCGGCUUGAGACGAAUCUCCGCCAGGCAAUGCACCUUUUAGAUGGCAAGGUGGAUAGAUCUGAGAUUGAGGACCUGGUACUUGCAACCUCCGUGGCGGAGCAGCAGCAGGCUUGCCGGCUUCGCAGCGCUUAA